CUGGGCUUUGCACUGCCGGGUCGGGGCGAGCUGAGCGCCGGGCACCGCCGGGCACCGGCACCGGUUCCCCCCCCGCCGCCCGCUCCGCGCUCGCUGCCAGGGAGGGAUGGGGCGGGGAGGGGGAGGACGCGCCGGGCGCCAGGACGGGCCUUUGCAUCCCCCCCGCACCCCGCUGCAGCCCCUCUGCUGCUCCCCCUCGCAUCCCCCCCUCCGCUCCUUGCUUCUGCUGCAGAGGGAUGUGCUUGCCGCGGCUGGCUGCUGGCGCGGUGCCUGCUUGAAAUAAAGGCCCCCCCCCCCUUUUAGCUGGACAGCCACCCAUCUCCUUCCUCAAGCCCCCUCAUCCCCUGCCCUGAGACCCUUAUCCCCUUCCCCAAGCACCCCAUUCCCUGCCCUGAUCCCUGUCUUCUGUCCUGAGCCCUCCAUCCCUGAGCAUCUGUUCCCUUUCCUGAGCCUCCCAUCCUCUGCUCCAAGCCCCUCAUCUCCUGCCCCCAGCCUCCCAUCCUCUUCCCUGACACCCCCAUCCCCUACCCUGAGCCCCUCAUCCCCUUCCCCAAGUCCCUCUUCCCCAAGCACCCCAUCUCCUUCCUGAAGCCCCUCAUCCCCUUCCUUAAGUCCCUCUUCCCCAAGCCCCCCAUCCCCUUCCCCAAGCCCCCUCCACCAUGAUUUUGCUGAGCUGCUUCUUGCACCUGCGGCCCCGGCGCUGUGGCCCCUUGGCAGGGCUGGGCAGGGGGCUCGGCCCGCUCGGGGGGUCCUGCAGGGCCCUGCGGGUGCUGGUGGACAUGGACGGGGUGCUGGCCGACUUUGAGGGAGGCUUCCUCAAGAAGUUCAGGGCCAGGUACCCUGACAAGCCCUACAUUGCCCUGGAGGACCGGAGGGGCUUCUGGGUGUCGGAGCAGUACGGGCGCCUGGGACCUGAGCUGAGUGAGAAAGCCAUCAGCAUCUGGGAAUCCAAGAACUUCUUCAUCGAGCUGGACCCGCUCCCUGGGGCUGUGGAAGCUGUGAAGGAAAUGGCAAAUUUGGCAGACACUGACGUGUUCAUCUGCACAAGCCCCAUCAAGAAGUACCGCUACUGCCCUUACGAGAAGUAUGCCUGGGUGGAGAAGCACUUUGGCCCUGAGUUUCUUGAGCAGAUCGUUCUGACACGGGAUAAGACGGUGGUUUCUGCUGACCUGCUUAUAGAUGACAGACCUGAUAUAACAGGGGCUGAGCUGAACCCCACGUGGGAGCACGUGCUCUUCACUGCCUGCCACAACAAGCACCUGCAGCUGAAGCCCCCCAGCCGCCGCCUGCACUCCUGGUCCGACGACUGGAAGGCCAUUCUGGACAGCAAACGCCUCCCACCCGGCCAGGCCACCUAAACACGGGCCUCCCACGGCCACCUGGGGCUGCAGCCACCCCCUCGUGUCCCUGUGGAGUCCUGCUGAAGGCCAAAACCACGGAUGGACAGACAGACAGACGCUGUCCCUGCCGCAGAAAGGAAGAGGAGGGUGAGCUGGAGUGCCACAGCCACCUGGACCUGGAAAACAGAUCCCAGCCCAGCUGUGCCACGAGAGACCAGCAGCAGGAUUGGCCCUGUGGACCUGCCAGCCUGGCUGGGGGGCAUUUCCCACUGGCUCCUGGGGCCUCUGUGCUGCAUCUGCACCCCCACGAGGCCAGCCUGGUACUUCUGAUGGACAAGGUCCCCCUCAGCGUGUCACUGCCCUUGUCUGGUGCGCUGCAGGGCACAGACCAGCUCUUUACCUUCCCCUCUGUGUUACGGUCAGGGAUUACGCGGCUGGUUUGUUUUGUCCUCACAGGGUUUCAUCAUCAGGGGCUGCCUCGGGGGGUGUUUCCUACAGGGCUGGUGGAGGAGCUAGAGCAUAGCUGAGAAGUGGGUGAAGCAGAGGCCCCAUGGGUGUCCAGAGGACAGCUUUGGGGUUGUGUUGGUGGAGGAUUGUCACAACCACUUCCAUGGAUGCUGUUCGCAGUUCUCACAUGCUGCAAGGGAAGAUGUUUGGGUGGAUGUUGCUGUUAAAGGCUGGGGAGCUGGUUUCAGCUGGGGUAGAGUUAAUUGUCUUCACAGAAAACAGCCCCAUAGCAGCCACUGUGAAGAAAUUUAACUGUGCCAGCCAAAACCAGCACAGGAACCCAUCAGUGGUGCCCACCAGGCUGUGUCACAGGGUCAGUUUGUUCUGCAGCUCCACCACUGUAUGUCUGGGGUCAGAGCACGUGCCAGCCACCACUGCCAGGUGACUGUGCUGAGCCUGCUGAGCUCUGGGAACAGCCAGUGCUGCUUGGAAGCUGCAGGUGAGCACCAAAAAGGCAGUGUUUGGACCAAGGGAUAGCUCCAAGAGGGAUGCUUUUGGCAUAGCUGUGCCCACAUCCCCUUCCUUCCCUGUCCAGCUCGUUCCUGCCUCUCUGAGCCCACACCAGUCUGGCCUUGAACUGCAGCGACCUGUCUGGCACCAGAAAGCAGCCACUGCUGGUGCUCCUCUGCCCAGCCCCAAGAGAAAGGACAUCCCAGCAGCUUGUGCUCCUGGCCCAAGGACUUGCUGGCUGCAGGAGUAAAAGCCCUUGGCUUGGCUCUCCCCUCUCUUUUUGGCUCUCCCCAAAAAUACACGAGCUUAAAGCUACAUAACCAACAAAGAACCUAAUUCAGCAGUGGCAGCCAGACCUCCCUGUCUGGGACCUGCAGGGGUUCUGGAGUUGGUGCUUUGGAAGCUGUGCCUUCCCUGGCUGCUGCAGUGACAGGGACAGAGCCUGCGUUGACUUGAGUCUUUCUGAAACAGUUCUUUGGGUGGGGGGAGUGUACAAAGUUGACGUGGUUGGCCCAAGGUAAUUGGAGUUAGAUACCACAAGCAUCUUUCUUUCUUUCUUUCUUUCUUUCUUUCUUUUUUUCUUUUUUAUUUUUUACUUUUUCCUAUUUAAACCACUGUGUGCUCUCUGGGUGGUGGGUUUGCUUUGGGGAGGUACACUUGGGGUAUGCAGCCACCUGAAAUGCAGCCCCCUGGCCAAGAGCUGCCUUGGAUGCAGGGUUUGCAGGCUGGGAGCUGGGACAAGGUAGGAGCACCAUGGGCAGACCCCACAGCUGCUGAGCAUCACAAACCCCUCAGCUCCACCAGACCCCCACUGGCUGUCGGGCCCUCUGUGAUGCCGGGGUGGCUUCAUGGGAUCCAAGCUGGUUUUUUCCCAAAUGGUACCAUAUAAACAUGAACUGCCCAAGCUCUCCAGAGCCUUCUCACUGCCCAUCCUCGAGCCAAAACAAGCUGGCACAUCGGUACAGCAGCUGCUCAAACCUGUCAUCUUCCCCCAAGACUGGGGCAGACCCAAGGGACGUGGCUCUCCAGGGCCAGCGGGUCUUUUCCCUCUGCUGGGAUAUGAUGCCAGAGACACCACACGGGUUCACACCAAACAUACUUGAAAGGAGAGCUGGAGUUUUUCGUGCUUGAGGCUCUGACUCGAUGCACAGAGAUCCUGAGCAGGUAACUGGCCUGUUUGCUCCCACCACACUCGGGACGGGGAGGUGACUCUCCACUGCCGAUGGAUCGGCCUGUUCAAUGUUCAAGCCUGAAUGUGUCCAGGUGGGAUACACAGAGCUUUUAUUUUUGAAUGUACAUCUAUAGACCUGGGGCAAAUGAGGAGCGUUGCAAUAAACACUGGGGUUGAUUGUCA